CGCAGAGGUGGGUCCCGCUUCCCUCGACCCGCGUUGCUGACCGACGAAAGCCUGCGUGCUCGACCUCAAACGGUGGAUGCUGCCAGGGUCAUGGCACGCGAGAGCCGUGCCGCAACCCGGUUGAGUCUUUCGGUGCAUCAUCGUGAAAAUGGUCCGAGUCAGGAUGAUCCAUCACGGUAUGUGGCUUGCGUUUCCGUCGUUUACGUGUUAUUAUUUUAUUGUCAUGGCAUCUUCGAAGCGGGGAGGGAGACGACGGAGCAGGCAAGGGCAGCCACAUCAUGAUGAUGAUGUGAUACCGGGCAAAAGCAGCCAACCCCUCUCUGUCUCUCUAUUAUUUAGGGAGGAGAGGGAGACAGGGAGAGGGCCUUCCGGGUGGAACUUUUGUUGCGGAGAGAAAGCUGUUCCAGAUGAACAUGAGGCGCAGAGUAGCCACCUCUUGAGAGGAGGAACUCGCUGGUCGCCACCGUCACCCUCCCCCUUUGCUUGCUACGCUGAGUUAUGGGGUCUGGGUUCCCUCCGACUCGCGACCUCGGGUUCGGGUUUGAAGCCGAACCCGGGAACCGACCGGAGGAUGCGGGCCUCUUGAAGCGCUCCCUCACGGAAAUGGAGGAGCGGAGGCGGCAACAGCUGCAGCAGAUGCCGUUCCUCCGCUCGGUGAAGCAGCGAACUCAUCUCGCCUCCCCCGUUGGCCGCCUCGCUUCACCCGUUCGUCUUCCCACUCCGUUGAAGUCGACUUCCUCUUUGACCACGGUCUCCUCCGAGCUUGCGCCCCAGAGGAGAGCCGAUUUCGGACCGGAUAAGGGGUCGGACGCGAUGAGGAACCGGCUCCAGGAGCUGGAGCGGCGGCUCCUACUGGACGACGAGGAGGACGAGACCUGCGCCUCCGGUUCCGCCCUGACCGGCGCCGAAUGGAGGGGCCAGGAGGUGCAGCAGAUCAUCUUCCCGCCGCCGCCGCCGCCGCCGGGCCUCGCAGCCGCGAAGAAGCUCUUGCCGUCGCCGACCAACUCGGCCUCCUCCACUGUCUCUUCCUCCAACUCGUCCUCCCCUCCACCGCCUUCGUUCACGCCUCCUCCUCCGUCAUCAUCUUCUUCCUCUUCACGGCACGUGCUCCUCGACGCUGCGGCGUCCAUCGCCGACGGUAACCUCGAGGCUGCGGAGGCGAACCUCGCCGUGCUGAAGCGCUCAGCCAACCCACGAGGCGACGCAGAACAGCGGUUGACUGCAAUGAUGUUCGCCACUCUCCUUGCUCGACUCAACCCUCCUCGAACCGGGAGAUCUAAAGCGAUCGCGGAGCUCUGCAGCGGGGAGCACUUGGCCGCCACCCAGAUGCUCUACGACCUUUCGCCCUGCUUUAAGCUCAGCUUGAUCGCCGCCAAUUUUGCAAUUCUGGAGGCCGUCAAGGACCAACCCAAGAUCCAUAUCGUCGAUUUGGAUGUUGGCCAGGGCCGGCAGUACGAUGCCCUCAUCCACGCCCUCGCUGACCGUCAUCGCUGCCGGCCCUCCUCCGCCCGCCCUCCAGCCGUUAAGAUCACCGCCGUCGCCGAUCCCACAACCUUGCUAUACGGCAACUACGACGCCUCUAGCCUCAGCGAAGUUGGCGGUCGAAUCGCUAAGCUGGCGGAGCGGGCCGGCGUGGGGCUCCGUUUCACCAUCGUCUCCCGGCGGGCGUCUGAGCUGGACGCGGCGUCGCUGGGGUACGAGCCCGGCGAGGCCCUGGCUGUGAAUCUGGCGUUCGUCCUCUCGCGUGUGGCCGACGAGAGCGUAUCGCCGGCGAACCCCCGCGACGAGCUUCUCCGGCGGGUGCGCGCUCUCCGCCCGGCUGUGGUGACGCUGGUGGAGCAGGAGACAAACACCAACACCGCCGCCUUCUCCGGGCGGUUCGCUGAGGCGUGCGGGUACUUGGGGGCGCUGCUGGAGUCGCUGGACGCGACGGUGCCGCGGGAAAGCAGCGAGCGAGAGCGGGUGGAGGCCGGGUUGGCUCGGCGGGCGGUGAACUCUGUAGCCCGGGAGGGCGCGGACCGGGUCGAGCGGUGCGAGGUGUUAGGGAAGUGGCGUGCGCGGAUGGGCAUGGCCGGUUUCCAACCCAUCCCGGUCGGACCAGGAGUUUCGGAACCGGUGAAGGCGCGGCUCGCGUCAUUCCGGUCCAAUCCAGGGUUCACGAUCAAGGAUGAGGCCGGCGGGGUCGCGCUCGGGUUCGGUUGGAUGGGUCGAGUCCUCACCGUGUCCUCCGCGUGGCGUCUGCGGUGGUCACUUGGGAUGGACUCCCUUUCGGCCUUUGCCUUCUCCUCGCCUCGCAUGGAGAAGCCUUCCUUGUCCUCGACACCCUCGCGCGCCCUCCCGUCCUCGUACUCCUCCCCCCGCACCAUCUACAGCGACCGAUUCAUUCCCAGCCGCAUCGGGUCCAACUUCACCCUAUUCGACCUCUCCGCCUCGCCCUCCGCCUCCUCGUCCUCAGACGUGUCGGGAAGAGAGUAUGGAUCCGGCGCCUACGCCGCCCUACUGAGAAAUGCUCUCUUUGGGCCGGAUCAGGGCGUGGCGCCCCCGGCCACGCCCGACCGAUCGGCGGAGGCAGCCGGGAGGAGGUCUUCCUCCGCCGCUUCCUCGACGUCGUCUUCUUCGGGUUUCUCGAUCCCCAGUAGGAACAUUUUUAGGUACAAGGCUGAUGUGCCCCGGCACUCCCUUGCGACGCAGUUCGAAGAUGGGCUUCCCGGGUUCCCACAUAUCCAUCCGAGGGCGCCGAGAAAGGUGUCGCCAUCGCCUUACAAGGUACUGGAUGCGCCGGCAUUGCAGGACGAUUUCUACCUGAACCUCGUCGAUUGGUCCUCACACAAUGUGCUGGCUGUUGGUUUGGGCGAUUGCGUGUAUCUUUGGAAUGCCUGCAGUAGCAAGGUUACCAAGCUUUGCGACUUGGGUGUGGAUGACAGUGUGUGCUCAGUUGGAUGGGCACAGCGUGGCGAUCACUUGGCCAUCGGUACUAACAAGGGGAAAGUUCAGAUAUGGGAUGCUACUCAUUGUCGGAGGAUAAGGACAAUGGAGAGCCACCUUUUGCGAGUUGGAGCUGUUGCAUGGGGUUCAUCUUUGUUAUCCUCAGGUAGCAGAGAUAAGAUGAUUCUACAGCGUGAUAUUCGUGCCCAAGUUGAUUUUGUUAGCAAGCUGACAGGGCACAAGUCAGAGGUUUGUGGCUUGAAGUGGUCUUAUGAUAAAUUUGAACUUGCUUCUGGUGGAAAUGAUAACAAACUUUUUGUGUGGAAUCAACAUUCCUCAAAGCCGGUACUGAAAUAUUGUGAACAUACUGCAGCUGUAAAAGCAAUUGCAUGGUCACCACAUGUACAUGGACUUCUAGCAUCUGGUGGAGGAACUGCAGACCGAUGUAUUCGUUUGUGGAAUACUACCACAAACUCUCACUUGAGCUGCAUUGACACCGGAAGUCAGGUUUGCAACCUUGUAUGGUCAAAGAAUGUCAAUGAAAUUGUCAGUACCCAUGGUUAUUCCCAAAACCAAAUAAUUGUUUGGCGAUAUCCAACCAUGUCCAAGCUCGCAACACUUACCGGCCAUACUUACCGAGUCCUGUACCUCGCCAUAUCUCCUGAUGGGCAGACCAUUGUCACUGGUGCCGGUGAUGAAAUGCUAAGAUUUUGGAAUGUGUUCCCAUCUAAAUCUCAGAACACUGGCAGCGAUAUCGGAGCAAGGUCUCUUGGCAGAAGUCACAUCCGGUGACCUUGAAUUCUACCUGUUGGUCCCAUGGAUUGUCUAUUUGUAUAGUUGUUGAUUUAUGUUUUCCUUUUCUUUUUUCGUCUUUCUGAAAAGGAGCUAUUACUUUGUGCUAAUCAGGUCAAAGUUUAAUUUUCAUAAGCUUGACCAUUGGCAGCAUAUGGAGCCACUUUUUAUCAUGCCAUGCUCAUCAUCAUUUGCAAUGAUACGAGGGGACGAGAUAUCAGUUUGCCUUGCU